CCGCACGACUCCAAUCAGAGUGGAGCAUCAUCAGAAGAAGGCGCAGCUUCUCCUCCGUCAUGGAGAGCUGGUAGACGACCUGCGGCCAGGUGGCUCUCUCUCCUCCUGAGCUCCGGUGCCUCCCGGGUACGGUACCAUGAAGUCUUGGCGGCUGUGGGGGGCUGUGUGCCUCCUUCUCACCGCCGCCUGCCCUCUCAACGCGGCCACCAGACACGGUUGCUUGUUCGAGAAGAAGCUUUGUCCCAGAGAUCAUUUGUGCAUCGACGAUGGUUUAUUCGGACAGUGCCGUGCUCCUCACCAGGAUCCCAUACUGUACCUGGUGUCCGUGCCUACUUUGCAUAAGCUGCAGGAAGUCCUAAAAGACCUGAUGGUACAAGGUAUGACCUGGAAGGAUGACCUUACCCAGGCAACAAUUGGGCGAGAGUUGAGUCACAUUCCCACUCUCGGCUCCUCGCAGCUUCAUGAGCGCAAACAGUGGAGAAAUCAGAGAGCUGCUGAGGAGUCAGGUGACCCGGAAAUGCUACAGCAGUACAUUCAGUACCUCACCUUUGACCCCUCUCAGUCCUCCAUACAGCCCCUGCUGGACCCGUACAUCUACCACCAGCAAAAGUUUGGCUAUGAGGACGAGGAUGAGCGAUCCCUUAACUCUCUGGAAGAUAAUCCAGUCUCUCCAUUCCUCCGCGUCCCUCCACGCUCCAGAUUCCAAGGAAAAGCUGUGGACAGAGACAGACAGCUUCUCCAGCACAUGCUGUCCUACCUCACCUCUCCGUCCUCUUCCUCCUCCUCCUCCUCCCGCCACAGGGGAGCGCCGGGCACAUCUUCAGCGAUGGCUUUCCCGGAUCUGGACUUCCCACUGGAUUAUGAUGAGGACUACCUUGCGCAAGUGAAACAUCUGAGCACGGAGCAGCAGCAGCGCAGCAAGCCGAUGCUGAAGUACAACGCCAUGGCAGGAUUGGACGCACGCUCUCUCCAACGCCUGGCUGCGCUGCUGGACCACUAUGGCUUGGAUGUGAAAGAUUUGUCCCCCGAGCAGACGGACAGGCUGCCGGCUAUGCUCAAACAGCUGCAGCUGGAAAGCUCCUUCAGCCAUAAUCCCACAAAAGAUCACUAUGGAAACAAUGCUGCCGCUGGGAAAAAGAUCACGGAGGCCUCCAUGGAGCACAAGACGGCUACCCCAAAAGGUCUGCCCACCAUGAAAUCCUCCAAACCAGUAAAGGUGCAAAAGGAGACAAGCUCAUCAAUGUUUGGCAACCCUGAAAAGAACAAGCCUAAAGAUGAGGUUGGAAUCGACUCCGACUCCAGAAACGUAUCAACUAGUAAUUUGGAAGAGAAACACGUUGCAGAUAAGAACGUCCUGGAGCCCAAAGCAGGCUUGAAGUUUGUGCAGGACAGCGACAAGCAGCCAAUGAAGAGUGAUGGACAAGCGUUACCCCUGGCUACUCCUGUCCAUCCUGGCUCUCGCUGGGUUUUUGCUACCCUGGUGGCUUUUGCUUGCAUUGGCGGCAUCCUGCUGGCAGCUCUGAGCAUCACCUGCUUGCGUAACCAUGCCCACAGGUUGGCGACCAGGAAGCUGGGCCUGGGCACGCAUGCAGGCAGCUUCAGCCACCAGGAUUACCAGGACCUGUGUCGCCAGCAUAUGGCCUCAAAAGGUGCUUUUGGACGCCUGGAAGCUGCCGCCCUGGGCGCCGUGGGAGGAAUGAGCGGAGGAGCAGCAGCCGGUAUAGGGCGAGGGGCCGGAGGAGCCGUCGGGGGCAUCGACUCGAGAGUGAGCAGCGUGUCGUCCCAGUUCAGUGACGGGGCCCAGCCCAGUCCCAGCUCCCACAGCAGCACGCCGUCAUGGUGCGAGGAACCUGUGCAGGUCAACAUGGACAUCUCCACCGGUCACAUGAUUUUGGCAUACAUGGAGGACCAUCUGAGGAACAAGGACCGCCUAUUUAAGGAGUGGGAAGCUCUGUGCUCCUACCAGGCUGAGCCCAGCAGCGUGACCCUAGCUCAAAGUGACCCCAAUGCCAAGAAGAACCGCUGUCACGACUCUCUGCCCUACGAUCAUGCCAGGGUGAAGCUCAAAGCGGAGAUCAACCCUUCUCGCUCGGACUACAUCAACGCCAGCCCCAUCAUUGAACACGACCCUCGCAUGCCGGCCUACAUCGCCACCCAGGGCCCCCUGUCGCACACCAUCUCUGACUUCUGGCAGAUGGUGUGGGAGAAUGGCUGCACGGUGAUCGUCAUGAUGACAGCUCUGGUGGAGGAAGGAGAAAAACAAUGCGACCGCUACUGGCCUGAUGAGGGUUCCUCUCUGUACCAUAUCUAUGAGGUGAACCUGGUGUCCGAGCACAUCUGGUGCAAGGACUUCCUGGUGAGAAGCUUCUACCUGAAGAAUGUUCAAACGCAAGAGACCAGGACUCUCACUCAGUUCCACUUCCUCAGCUGGCCGGCUCAUGGUAUCCCCACAUCCACGCGCCCUCUACUGGACUUCCGCAGGAAGGUGAAUAAAUGCUACCGAGGACGCUCGUGUCCCAUCAUCGUCCACUGCAGUAACGGAACAGGUCGGACCGGGACUUACAUCCUGAUCGACAUGGUUCUGAAUCGUAUGGCCAAAGGUGUGAAGGAGAUUGACAUUGCUGCGACGCUAGAGCACGUUCGUGACCAGAGGCCUGGGAUGGUUCGCACUAAGGACCAGUUUGAGUUCGCCCUGACUGCUGUUGCUGAGGAGGUCAACGCCAUUCUUAAAGCCCUGCCUCAGUGAAGCGUUACCAGCCUUCUGUCUAAUGACCUCUGGACUGCCUUUUGCCUUGAAACUUAACAGUGAUGUCACACCAAUGAUAAAUAAAAAUGGAAAGGAUUUGCACAGGCGUCUAUGGCAUAAUGGAUUGUCUGUGAGAUCAUAUGUGUUGUAAUUGAAACUGCAUUUACACUUGCUCACCUAAUUUCCCUCCACCAUCUGGUAGCAUGUAAAUGAACCACAAGUACAAAUUCAGGUUUCACUCAUAUCUGUGCAAAUCCAGUGUAAAGAUCCUGUGGUGUUUUUUGUGGGAACCUCAAGCAGAAUACCUUACAGCUUGUGCUUGUGUGGUUUGUUGUUCAUUGUGCUGCUUAAUACAUGAUGUUUAUGUCUCAGGAAGUAUAUGUGCAUGAUUCAGACGAAUGGAAAAGUACAUCUACUUCAUUGUAUUUGGUCAAGUCUAAGUCCACACAAGAGUUGAUAUUGGUGUUGAUAUCCCGCUUGUGACAAACAUCAGCAGAAACAUCCUCUCUGUGCCAUAUCACGUUUUGUCACUGGUAUUGUCGUGUAUCUCAUGCAACUUUAAAAAAUUUGAAAAAAAAUCAAAUAAAUAUUUAUUCAAUGAGAAACAAUUAUUUUGUAACUGUGAAAUUCUAAAUAAAUAUUUUCGUGUUU